AUGUCCCUCGUCACUUUCGGAGCAGUGCCAACUUUGGCCCUGUGUUUAUCAAAACCUCCAUUGUCACUGCCCAAAAACAGCAUGAUUCAGAAUGCCGUCCCGCCGGUUCCAUACCAAGUCUCGCCACGGAUGUGCCAAUUGCAAACAGAGAAGGAUCAGGUGUGUGGUGGACCGCUGGUGCAGUCCUCGGGCGAGAGCUCAAGCAGCACCCCCCAAGCAUCAGCCAGCGCCCAGAGUCUCGAACACAUGACCGACAUGCUCGAUCAGCAUGAUGAAGAACUCAUCCGGCGCUGGUCAGAGGCCACCUGCUUCACCAUGGGUGACCGGUACGAAUUGGCUCCAAUGUGGCAGGUGACAGUCCCGGGUCUUGCCUUGAGCCAGCCCUUUCUGAGGCACGGGGUGCUGGCAUUGGCCGCGAUGCAUAUUCGAUGUACAUCCCCACUUCCACUGCAGACAAAGUACCUCGACCUUGCAAGCCAACACCAGGACAGAGCGUUGGAGGGGUAUAUUCCGCAGCUUGAAAACAUCACGGCGGAGAACUGUCACGCUCUCUUUGCGUUUUCCGCCCUGCUUCUUGCCAUCCAGUACUCGUUUAUCUCCGUGUUGGACAGCGAGAUCGACGGCCACGAGUACAUUGCCGAAGUCGCUUCCGUCUUCGAAUACGUGAUUGGCGCCACUGUGAUUGCUUUUGAAGGCGAAGUAUGGCUGCGGCAAGGCGGCAUGCAACCUCUGAUGGCACGGGGGACCGAGCCUCGAAGCAUACUCUCCGAAUUGAUCGAGGGCCCGCAAAACGCGCUCGGCAGCCUCUUGUCGUACGUGCAUCAUCUGGGCGACAAUCCCGGAUUGAGCGUCGCGAGAGAAACAACAGCCAACAUCCCCGUCUAUGUGCGCAGCAUCGAGAUGUUGACGAACGCGUUCCCCACCCAAGACACCGAGCGUCGGAUCUUUGAUGACAUGAUCGGUUGGCCUCAUUACGUCGGGGCCGAUUUGGUUCGACUGCUCCGAGCUCAGGACCAAAUGGCGCUCGCGAUCCUGGCGCAUUACGGCGUGGCUCUGGAGGCGUUUAGGGACAUAUGGUGGCUGGAGGGUGUAGGUGCCCGUCUGGUCCGGGCCAUUGCGCGUGUGCUGCCUCUCGAAUUCGGGCCACUGGUUCAAUGGCCGCUAGAAAGGGUUUCGGUGGAUCUAUCACUGCAACACAUGUACAUAAUGUGA